GCGCUCCGCGGCCGGGUGCUCGCGGCCCUCGGCAGCACCCCCGUGGCCGCCACCGAGUGGGGACCCUGCGCGUGGGCCGUCGGCGGCAGGCCAGAUUUCGACGCGGCCACCGAGUGGCUGGAUUUCUUCCGCAUGCACAACAUUUGGGACGUGAGCUGGGCAAUUUCGGACGACGCCACGCUUUCGUGUUCCAUGCUGAAGACGGGUGCCGACAGUGCAGGUGCCUGGCACGCCGCCCAGCUCACCCCGGCGGGGGCCUUCGCCCGCGCCUCCCUGCGGACCGGGCACCUCGACGGCGUGCUGGGAGAGUACGUGCCGGUCAACGGCACCACAACCUGCUCCAGCAGCUUCUCGUGCCUCGUCGACCUCAGCGUUCUCCAGUGCGCCAUGCUCUGCGAUGCUAGCGAAGACUGCGGCGGUUUCUACUAUGAGCCGAAGUUCCGGAUGUGCUCCCUGAGGAAUGCGUUGGCCGUUUGCAGCGACAUCGAAGGCCAGACAGGUGGCAUGGACGCGCGCCUCUUCCAGAGGCUGCCCUUCGAGCGGGCGCGGCUCCCCGCCGCAGGCAAGGGCGCCGACCAGGAGGCGCCGUGCGGCGGGGGCAGCGGCCCGGACGACGGCCACGAGUACCUCUCCUGCGGCGGCAGCGGCGCGGGCCACCGCGGCUGCUGCGCGCGGGCCCGGCUCCCGCGCGGCCAGGCCGCCUGGGCGCCUCUCCGGGCGGGCCGCGCCUGCAGUGCCGGGGCCGCGGAGGCCCUCGGCGCCGCCACGGCGGAGGGCGCGGAGUCCGCCUGCGCGCUGCGCUGCGCACUGAGCGAGGGCUGCGCCGGCUUCGCCUUCCGCGCCCCGGGCGGCGGCAACUGCUCCAGCGCUCCGGGCGGCUCCGCCGCCGCCGAAGGCGACUGCUUGCUGCUGCGUGGUGCGUGCGAGGGCGAGGCCGCGACGGACGACGCCUGCUGGGACGAGUACUCCAUGACGGGCCCCCCGGCGCCGGCGGGCAUGCCGCUGACCUCGCACGAUCUGCGUGAGCGGAGCCCGGCGGCGAGCCACGAGGCCUCCCAGGCCCUGCCCGCCAAGGCCUGGGCCCUCGCUCGGAGCCGCAGCGGCUGCGCGAACUGGCACGGCAUCGCCGGCGCGGAGCCCUCAACGGAGCCCUCGGCGGGGCGGUGCGGCGAGCGAUGCCAGGGGCAGAAAGGCUGCACCGGCUUCGCCUUCCAGGGCGCCGACGACUGCUCGCCCCUCGGCAUCGGACGGGGCACCUGCGUGCUGUGGUUCGGGCCCUGCCAGCAUGAGGCGGACACCUGCUGGGACCAGUACGCCAUGCUCCUCAACGCCUCGGCGGCGGCGGGCUCCGCCGCGCUCCGCGGCGCCGCGCGGGAGGCGCCCGCGGGCGCGACGGGCCGCGGCGCCCCCCCGGCGCAGAGCGGUGGCGGCCCUGGCGCCGGCGCGGUGGUGGCCGUCCUCGCCGUCCUCGGCGCGGCGGCCGCCGCAGGCUGGUGGCUGCGGCGCUGGAGGGCCUCGGGGGAGGCGUGCCCCGAGUUGGCGGCUGCGGGCUGCGAGGACAGGCUCACGGCGCUGUGCGCAUCGCCCGUGGCCUCCAGGCUUUGGAGCAGCUGCGCCCAAGUCGGAGGCCCGCCGCCAGGCGCCCCGGGCGCCAGCCCGGGCUCCCGCGGCGGGCCGGAGGAGAGCCCGACGAGGCGGCCGCUGGCCCCGGCGCGGUGA